AUGUCUAUCAAAGCUUAUGCCGAGGAGCUAAAAUCUGCUCUUCAUCAAUAUCCAAAUUUUCCCAGUGAAGGUAUUCUAUUCGAGGAUUUCCUACCGAUCUUCAGAAACCCAGACUUGUUCCAGAAACUGGUCACUGCAUUCAAACUGCACCUAGAAGAAAAGCAUGGUGCUGGUAAGAUAGAUUACAUCAUCGGGUUAGAAUCUCGUGGGUUUUUGUUUGGCCCAUCGUUGGCACUGGCUAUGAACGUUGGGUUUGUGCCAGUGAGGAAAGUCGGCAAGCUUCCUGGUGAGUGUGUCAAGGCCACUUACCAGAAGGAGUACGGGACAGAUGUCUUUGAAAUGCAGAAGGACUCUAUAAAUAAGGGUGCCAACUGCAUUAUCGUCGACGAUAUCAUUGCCACUGGUGGAUCUGCUGCCGCUGCUGGGGAAUUGUUGGAAAAAGUCGGUGCUAACCUACUAGAAUACGAUUUUGUCAUGGAAUUAGAUUUCCUGAAGGGCAGGGAUAAAUUGAAAGCACCUGUCUUCACUCUCUUGAGUGGUCAGGAGGAGGCUCUUAAGAAUUAA